AUCACUCAGAAGAGCCACACGCGGGCGCUCAGAGACGCUGCUGGAGAAAGAAAAAAGCGCUCCUGGAGUCACUGUGCGUGAGCGCCCGCGGCGGGGAGGGGCCAGGCUGGGCUGUCACUUCGCGCGGGGUGUGUGACCCGCUCUGGUGCCAGUUGGGGAGGCUCCUUCACUUUAGCGAUUGCUCCACAGCCAUGUCCGAGAUCUGGGUUCUCUUGCCACUGGAUUCUGCAAGAUUGCGUCAUCUGUGGUUAUGAUGGGCUGUGUGAUCCCACGGUGGCUUCCGUAGUCAACAUGUUAAUUACCUGUGUGGUUCAGGAGACAUCGAUGUUUCUCUGUCUCGGUAGCUAGCUGCUAAUAAUGUUUUUGCUGAGGACCUCAGAUAUUUACCUUUAUUGCUGGACCGUUGUCUGCAGGUGGUAACGUCCAUAUGGCUGAUAGCGACUCUGAGUUGCUGAAACUGACAAAGAAUAUUACUAACACAAAGAGCUGCGAUGAAGGCAUGCAUCGUGAGCAUGAAUUUUGUUGUCAGCCAUGUUCUCCUGGUGAACGGAAAAAAGAAGAUUGUGACAUCAAUGGGGGCGCACCAAAAUGUGAGCUCUGCUCGGAGGGGGAGGAGUACACAGACACGAACCAUCAUUCUUAUAAAUGCAGAAGAUGUGGAGUUUGUGAUGGAGAACAUGGCCUGGAAGUGGAAAAAACCUGUACCAGGAAACAGAAUACCAAGUGCAGAUGUAAACCAAACUUUUUUUGUAACGUUUCCCUGUGCGAACACUGUAACCCUUGCACCACGUGUGAACAUGGAAUCAUUGAGAAAUGCACACCAACCAGCAACACCAAGUGCAGAGAAGGAUCCAGAUCCAACUUACACAGUUUAUGGGCCCUCCUGAUCCUCAUUCCAGUAUCUGCAGUAAUAUACAGGGAGGUGAAAAGACGGCACAGGAGUAAAAAGAUGGGUCACCAGAAAUCUACAGCCUCAGAUACUGAAAUUAUGACAGUGAAUUUCUCAGACAUUGACUUGGGUAAACAUAUCAUUAGUAUUGCUGAACAAAUGAAAAUCACUGAAGUUAAAGAAUUUGUUCGGAAGAAUGGUAUGGAGGAAACCAAGAUAGAUGAGAUCAAGCAUGACAACCCCCAAGAUACGGCUGAACAGAAGGUCCAGCUGCUCCGCAAUUGGUAUCAAAGUCAUGGGAAGAAAGACGCAUACGGCACUUUGAUUAAAAGUCUCAGAAGAGCCAAGCUUCAUGCUCUUGCAGAGAGAAUUCAGGAUAUAGUCCAGAAAGACAUUACUAAUGAACGUGAGAAUGCAAACUUGCACAAUGAAAAUGAAAGCUUGGUUUAAAGUGAAAAACAACUAACUCAGUUCUGAGAAUAUACUAAAGAAAGAUUAAUGUUCAAAUAAGUUCUGGGUAGCUGCAGGCUGUAGAUAUUGCUUGGCUUUUCUUUACGGGAUGUGUUUUCUUUUUUCAUUUAUUAGAUUUGUAGAGCUAAUAUAUUUGCAGGCUUUGAGCAUCUCAUGAUUCUGCCUCCAAGGAUGUUUAAAAUCUAGUUGGGAAGAUGGACAUGGUUAAGAGUAAAUACAGUGGCACGUUAAGUGCACAGAAAAGAGUGUAUGCAAAGGACAAUAAAUUGAGAUCAAGUAUCAAAUAUAUGAUUCCGCAAGUAUGAAGGUAAUUAAUGUAUGUGAAUACAAAUGCCCAUCCACAGGUUGACCCCAUUCCAUCAAUCAUUAAAUGUGAUCUUUUGUUGAUAUGUCACAAUCAAUUACCUCCCCAGCUCCAUUGACAAUUCUAGAGAUGUUACUGUAUUUGUGAACUUUGUUUACAACUUUGAGAGGAGCAUAUUCAGGGAAAGCUUGCAUAUACAUCUGAAUGUAGAAUUUAAUAAGGUUCUACCUCAAAGAACUUUGCACGGAUUAUUGGCGUUUCGUGGUGAAAUAUUUCAACUUUGAAUUCACGUAGAAAACGCAGACUUAAGUAUAAUGCUUGAAUAUUUUAUAUUUGUCACUUUGGAUCAAAAUAAUUCACUUCAUUCUCAGGUGUCAAAACAUUUUGAUCAGGAAAGAAUUACUAGAUCAUUGGCACCUCUCCAUUUUCUCCUUGAUGUGCGUCUUGGUGGCCUGUGCACCCCCAGACUUGGAAGGACUGCCUAAGAAACACUUCAUGAUUCACGAAAAGGAAACACUUCCUGAUUCAUGAAAAGCCGGGACAUCUAACUUGGUCUGGAGAGUCUAACUGCUCUUAUGGAAGGUAGCUUUGUGGCAUAUCGUGAACCCAUGUCUACCACCAAAGGUGAUAAGGUAGAUUCUUAUUUUGCUCUGUCCCCAAAAAAUGUUCAGUGACUCUGAACAUGUGUUCUGUCUUGAUGCCAAGGCAGCUUAUACAUAGCGAAAGUGAAAUCAUAGCAGGUUUGAAAUCAUAACAUGUUUGAAAUCGUAGCAAUGUGUUAUGAAGUCAUAACAAUUGCUCUUGUUAUUUCCUGUAGCUUCUUAGACAGACAAGCCCGUCUUCCCACUACUGCUUCCGUACUUUUACAUUUAAACACUUUGGAAAAUUUGUAUUAACUGUGAAUGUUAAUAAAUACUAUUUAUAGUUAUAUGGUUGUAAACUAAAGACAGUUAUAAGCUAAAACAGAUGCUCAGAGUCCCCUAAAGAGCUUCCAUUGGUGGAAGGUGUUUUUCCCUUAUGUUUGGAAAUAGAAAAUAUAGGUAGAAAUAUUUAAUUAAAAUCAUGGUUUUGAUA